AUGGCCGUGAGAGAGCGCGGGGGCACGCGGCGUGCGUCGCGGCAGUUCCCCCGGCAUAUGCGGGGCGUUCGCCCAGCGGCCUUGUUUGCCCCGCUGGGGAAAAAAGAAAUCCGCCCCACGCGGACGAAGAAGGAUAGAAAAAAGAAGAAGCGGAUGAACACCUUCCCCCUGCACGCGCUGGCGAGAAUUCUUGCGAUUCCCGCGACGCACUCCGGAAGCAUCUGUCCACGGCGCGCGGCGCGAGUCACGCCCAGGGGCUGUUUGGCCGUGUCCAAAGGCAGCGCCCCCACAAAGAACGACCAUGCGAUGACCGUGAAGAGGGCGCGGCGGGACUAA